AUGAAGCUCUCCACCAUUUCCCUCCUCACGGCAGCAGCUCUAGCAACUGCAAGCCCUCUAUCCCUAUCCGCCCGCCAGGACUCCAUAAUAUGGCCAUAUCGCACAUACCGCUGGUUCAUCCGCGACGGGACCACAAUCGAAGACCCGCAAGACCAGCUCCUCGUCGUGAAAGACAACGACCCAGCACACGAGUCCAGUGCACUAGUCACCUUUCAAAUCGCCCCAGAACUCGAAGGCCGCACCUGCAAGAUCAUUCUCGACCUCUGGGAUCGCGAUGUCUCGACAGGCACGCAGACCGCUGAUGUCUUUAACACUGUCAACCCCGGGAACAGGGGCGAGUAUCUUGGAAGAGUACACCUGCCCAAGCCGGGUUCUGCGGAGUGGAUUUCUUCUUCGGAAAAUGCGCCUGAGUUUCCCUGUCCGGCCGGGGCGUUGAUUGGGUUUGAGUUUGUUGGGGCUGGGGAUGAGGUUGCUGUGAGGUGGGAUAUUGGUGCUACUGGGCCGAAGGUCCAGGUUUUGUAA